AUGACCAUCACUCUGUACAUGGCAAUUGCGAGUCCUCCCUGCAACUUCGUGCGCUCAGUCGCCAAGCAUGCAGGCAUUGAGCUGACGCUCAAGAAGGUGGACAUGGCCAACAAGGAGCACUUACGAGACGAAUACCUCAAGAUCAAUCCUUUCCACAAAGUACCUGCGAUGGACGAUGACGGUUUUGUAGUCUAUGAAAGCAAUGCCAUUGCCUACCACUUGCUUCGCAAGUACGCUCCUGAGUCUCAACUCUAUCCAGCGUGCAUUAAGACUCGCACCCGCAUCGACCAGAUUCUCUCAUCGAUUUCCACUACACUUCACACCGCCGCCAUUGCCUUCUUGUUUCCUCGAUUCAUUCAGAAGACCAAGCCGACAGCUGAGGAGCUGGCGGAUUUUGAACAGAAUUUCGUCAGCGGCUUGGAGCACCUCAUAGGUGACGGCAAGUUCGCGGCCAGUGACGCCUUCACUCUCGCCGAUAUCGCACUGACCACACGCAUCGUCGUGGCUCUUGAGAACGGCUACGUGGACCCUGCCAAGUUUCCUAAGCUCGCAAGUUAUUACGACCGGGUCAAGCGUGAACAGCCCCAUUUUGAGGAAAUAUGCAUGCCAGGUGCCAACAAUCUCAAGGAAGCCUUUGCGAAACUUAAAUAG